UGGACAGGUGGAACCUGAGCUCCUCCCAUCAGUGUAUGAAUGUUAGUUAGUCCUGGGCUGGUUCAGGUGUCCACAGGGUGGGGAGCCAAUCAGAAGAAGGGGGGAGGCGAGUGAAGAUAAAGGGAGAGGUGAACCUAGAGUUCUGGUGAUUUUUGAGAGUGGGAGAACAGGUGUGUUAUGGUGAGCGCGAGCGGAGGGUUUGGGAUUGGUGUCGAGGAGCAGCUACACGGAGGAGAGUGAGCCGGGUUGAAAGCACGGUCGGAGUGCGGCGGAACAGCUAGCGGCUAACCCGCGAGGGGUUUGUUGAGGACGACGCAGCCGGAGAGAAGAAGGGAGGCAGGACGGAGUGUCCUGUGAUCAUCGCGCUUCCAGCUGGACACCAGGGUUUCUAGUAGGACUGCAUCCAUCGCUCUCUCUGGGGGCCGUGAGCACUGACCCCGCAGAUGAGGAGGAUUUACACGAGCUCCAACAAGGGCGCCAGCAUAGGGUACCUUAGCACGGACUGUUAACGCCCGAGUAUUGUUGUGGGUUUCGUGUUGAGUAUUGUUUUGUGUUAGAAUAAAUGUGGAUGUGGAUGUGUGGUAUCCCUUGUGUCUGGGUGAAAUUCCUGUGUUAGCAUCCUGCUAUACUUAUCUAAGAAAACGAGGGGUUUAACCGGGAUAUAUAUAUUUAUAUAAAUGCAUGGGAGUUUGAGCCCACAUCAACAGUAUAGUGAGAAUUUGAGUAGACCCGUUUCAAUGCACCUCCCAUGCAACAGGGGUAGGGUAUGAGGCCCCUGACUAGAACAGCAACUGAGGGGGGGGCUACACGUGGGGGCUCGUGAGGUAUUUAUGGAAAAAGUAUAGGUAAAUUAUAUAUCCAUAGGCCUGUAGAAACUGGCCUUAUUGAAUGUUUAUUUGGUGUAAAGUGUGUUAUGCUAAUGUAAACAUGGAGUCAGAACAGAUAUUCAACUGGUGUGAAAAGAAAAGUAUCGAUGUAAAAAAAGUGAUUGAGACUAUUUAUAAAGUACUGGAGGGAGUUAAAGUAGGUGGCCGCUGUAAAAAUAUGGGACGGUGUUUGAAUCCGGUUGGUAAAAGCCAAUUCGUGUUAGUUGAAACUACUGAUGACAUGACAAAGGGGGACAUACCCGAACAGUUAGCAGCUGGAGAUGGAGAGGAACUUUGGAUAGUAAACGCCAGUGAGGGUCACGAGUGGCAUGUACCCCGUGAACACGAGGGUUUCCAGACAAAGCUACUAGCGUUUCUAGCAAAUGAAGGGAAGACUGUAGCUGAUGUCACCGGCUUGUUUAGCUCUACUCCUGCUCAAAAACCCGCCCUAGACCUGAACACCCAGCUGGUUAAUGCUAUCUCCUUGCUAGUUGAGAAAUACCAAGCAACCCCUGCAGACAGUCCAGGCUAUCGAAAACUGAGGUUGUUCUUGGGUAUCAAACCCACCCCUCUUGGAGAAGAAGAAUAUGAUUCCUGGGCCGAACAAACCACUCACAUGCUGGAUGAGUGGCAGUGUUCCGAUGUCAUCAAGAAACAGAGAGUAGCUGAGAGUCUUAAAGGGCCAGCAGAAGAUAUUGUUCGGGGGUUGAGAGUCACUAAUCCUCAUGCCACUUCGAAUGACUAUGGUCAGGCCUUAGAGACAGCUUUUGGAACCACAGAUAGUGCUGCUGACCUCAUGGGGAAGUUCCGUACCACCUUCCAGAGAGGAGGGGAGAAACUGUCAGCAUACUUGCUCAGACUAGACAAGCUAUUUCAUGCAGUCCAUCGUAGGGGUGGAAUGGAAGUGGCUGACAUGAACCAAGUUCGCAUUGAACAAGUUGCAAGAGGUGCGCUGUCCAAUGACCUCACUGCCCUUCGCAUAAGGUUGACCUAUAAACUGAAGCCUCCUCCAAGCUUCACUGAGCUGCUUUGUAGAGAAGAGGAGGAGAUGAUCCUUGAGAGACUAAGUGUACAGACUGUCGGUAGCCGUGUGGAGUGUUCUAUAGCAGCCGUUGCACCAGUUCGACCUGACAGAGAUCCUGCAAUAGAGAGUCUUGUGAAAGAAUUUCAAGGGCUUAAGAAUGAUGUUGCACGCUUACUUUCUGCCUCUGCUGCUGUUUCACAAAGUGCACCACAACAUGUAGCUCAAAGCCACAACUAGAAACCAAAUGGGAACGCCUAUGCACGUGGAAAGGAGAGAUCCCCGAAACCCCAGUACCGCACUGAUGUCUUUUGCUAUAGGUGUGGGGAAGAUGGUCACUUCCAGCGAGAGUGUGAACACCCAGAGCACCUCAGGAAAGUGAACAAGCGUCUCUUGAACCUAAAACAGUCAGCAGGAAACUUCCCAGGGGCUCAGUAAGGGAACGGCCUAAGGCUCCGGAGAAGAUACCUUCCACAAAGUGUGACAUGCUACAGGAAGGAAAGGCUAAUUUGCCAGAGGGGUUAGUUCGACCUAGCUCUAUUGUCCCUGUACACAUUGAGGGCAUUUACACCAAAGCUUUACUUGAUAGCGGGUCUCAAGUUACUUUACCCGCUCCUUCUAUGACGGGUAUCUGAAGCACCUGCCUUUGACCCCUAUUGGUUGCCUAGAGAUUUGGGGUCUCAGUGUAGAGGAGUAUCCAUAUGACGGCUAUGUGUGCUUGAAACUUGAGUUCAAUGAAGAUGUAGUUGGAGUAGCUGAGACCAUAGAAACACUUGUGCUUGUGUGUGCAGAUCCGGUCAUGAAAGGCGAGGCUUCUAUUUUGGUUGGUACAAACACCUCCAUAGUUCGGAGACUCUUUAGUUCAUGUCAAACCCAUGGAGGAGAUCAUUUCCUUCAUGCCCGCUCUAUCCACCCGGCCAUAAAAGAAGCUUAUGAGAAGACAACUAGAGGGACAGUCUGGUUCAUGCAAGAGAAGCCUUUCACUCUACCACCUGGUGGGGUUGCAACAGUCACAGGCACAAGCUGUUCUUUUUGACCGUCCAGAGGAGGGGGGUUUUCCAGAAGGGCUUCUGGUGAUGCCGGUGGCUAAAAAGCCAAUCGUUGUCCAUUGUCAUCGCAUUACAGUUACCCUGAGAAAUCUGUCUGGCCACAAUGUGACCUUGAGACGUGGAAUGCAAAUCGCUCACCUUUUUCCUGUGGAGGUGAUAAACACAGUCCGUGCAAAGAAAAUACCCAUGCUGUCUACCUCUCCGCUUUCCCCCUCCUCUUUUGAUUUUGGUGAGUCUCCAGUGCCUCCUUAGUGGAAGGAGAGACUGUGUCAUAAAAUGAUGCAGAGAAAGGAAGUUUUCUCCUGCAGUGAGUUUGAUGUUGGUUGUGCAAAGAACGCACAACACCACAUUUGUGUAAUCGAUGAUAAAUCAUUUCGAGAACGUUCCAGACAAUUACCACCAGGUGACUUGGAAGACAUGAGGAAUCAUCUCCAUGAUCUUAAAGAGGCUGGGAUUAUUUCAGACUCCAGAAGUCUCUAUGCCUCCCCAAUAGUUGUGGUUCGCAAGAAAAAUGGAACCAUACGCAUGUGUGUGGACUACAGGAAGUUAAACAGGAGGACAAUUCCUGAUCAAUACACAGUCCCACAAGUGGAGGAUGCUCUGUCUUGCCUAAGUGGUAGUCAGUGGUUCAGUGUGCUCGAUCUCCGAAGUGGCUAUUAUCAGAUCCCGUUAAGUCCCGCUGACAAAACAAAAAACAGCAUUCAUCUGCCCAGCAGGAUUCUAUCAGUUUGAGCGGAUGCCACAAGGGGUUUGUGGAGCACCAGCCACAUUUCAGCGAGUCAUGGAGUUGGCUGUUGGAAUUUCUGGUUUACCUGGACAAUAUAAUCGUUUUUGGGGAAAACCUUGGAAGAGCAUGAGCAGUGCCUUUUCAAAGUACUGGACAGAUUAAAGGAGAAGGACUAAAGUUAUCCUUGGAUAAAUGCGAUUUGUAAAAGAUUUCUCCAGAGUCCCACUCAACCAGUUACUGCAGGGCUGCAUUGUAACCGGAAGGCAGGGAAAACAAACAACGAUAGAGAAAGACUGGAAAGAGAAACAAAUACCAAAGCCCGACACAGAGCCCAAAGACUGGUACCACUCCAAAGAGCCAUUGGGACGGAGGUGGGAUGAAGACUGCGAAAAGGCUUUUGAGGCUUUAAAGAGAAGGCUUAAACUCUGUUUGUUCCACUGCCAUCGGGAAGAAGAUUCAGGACUAUUAAAACCUUGACUAACAGGCUGAGGAACAGCUUUUUCCCCAGAGCCAUUUCCUCCAUCACCCACCACCCCACCCAGCUCACACCGGACAGUACUGCGGAGGGACAAAA